AUGGAGGAGGUGCCUGCUAGAAUAGCCUCACGCAUAAUACCAACCAGCAAAAAAAAUCUGCUAGCACAGACACUGCUGCAAUGGAGUAAGGCAGGAGAAGUACCACAUGGAGCUAUUCAAAAGGCAGCAACACAGUUUGGUGUUAGCAGGAAGACAACCCAGAGAAUUUGGGCAGAAGCAAAACUCCAAAUUCAGUGUGGAGCACCUGUCAACAUAAGAGGCAGAAUUAAGGGAUAUGAGCACAAAGACAAAUUCCAGCUUGAUGUUGCAAAGGUAAGAGAACUGUCAGUACUUGAGAGAUCUAAUAUCCGUAAGAUUGCUUAUAAACUUGAAGUAAGCAAGAGCACAGUUGCUAGUUGCCAGAAUGAGAUGGAGUCUAAGCCAUAUUCAACCACUCAUAGCCAAGGAAUGCUAAAAUAUCACCCAAUGCACAAUGUGGUGCACAUAGAUGAAAAAUGGUUUUACAUGACUAAGACUUCAGAAAGGCCACAGUUUGCAGAAAAUGGAGAAGUCAUUUUUUAUGGAAAAAUAGGAAUAUUUCCAUUCACAAUUAUGGAGCCAGCAAAGAGGAAGUCCAAGAACAGACCAGCAGGCACUAUGGAGACAAAACCAAUUCACUCAGUUAACAAGGAAGUGAUGAGAGCAUGCCUACUUCAUAAGAUCAUACCAGCAAUCAAGGCAAAAUGGCCAGACAAUAUGAGCAAGGAGAUUUUCAUUCAACAAGACAAUGCCAAGCCUCAUAUAAACCACAAUGAUGUUGAGUUUCAGGCUGUUGCCUCCACAGAUGGGUUCAACUUUCACAUCAGAGCAAUCCAGUCUCUACAGGAUGAUAAGGUGGCUAAGGGAGUUGAUGAGUUGUUGAGGAAUGUGUAUAGUUCCUUUGAUGAACUUAGCCCAUACACACUCAAUAAUGUUUUCCUCACUCUUCAAGCAUGUCUAACUGAGAUUCUUAAGGUGCAAGGAUGCAAUGGAUACAAGACUCCACACAUGAAUAAAGAGAGGUUAACAAGGAUGGGGUCACUGCCACAAGCAUUAGAAGUUGAAGAAGGAGUUGUUAAGGCUACUUUGGCAUAUCUACAACAGCCGGAGCAUGAUGUGAGUACAAAUUAUGACAACUCAGGUGUGACAGAAGCUGUGGGCUUCUAG